ACCCUCCUCUCACGGAUUGCUCGGUGUCACUCGCCGCCUGCCGGCUGGAUCUGAUGUUUCUGCGCCUGCAGUGUAAAAGGAUAGUUGUUCAGUUCUCCUGGCGCACACUGUGCCUGUUACAACUCAAUUGGAGCAAUUUUAAGACAUAGCAAAGAAACUAAUUGACACAAUUCAAGCUCAGGGGCUUGUUCUCAGCCUCUUCAGCCCAACAGACACAUUCCUUAUUUUAGUUCACCUGUUAAAGCCCAGGGGGUUAAGUUUCCCUGCGUGGAUCCAUGGUAUGCUGCAGGGGAUUGUGGGAUUGAGACAUUUCUCCAGAGAGUUGGCAGGCACACUUCUGACUAAAGGAGAAGAGGAGAUCAGAGGAGAAAUGAUAUUCACCCCUACUUAAAGCAGAUCAUAAUGAAUUGUGUACUGAUUGACGUUCUGUAAUUUGUGUUCUCAUGUUUAAUUGCACUUAUAGUAAGUUGUUUUGGAUAAAAGAUGCUAAAUGUAAUGAUAAAAUACAAGGCUUGAUUCAGUCGGACCGCCUGAAACCAAAGACGUAUCAAUCGUUCCUCUGACACUUUGUGUCGAGAUAUCAGAUUUUGAGAAACCCAGACAGCACACAUCACUCAUUCCUCCAAAGUGAAAAUAGAUUGUGCCGGAAUAAGCUUCCAUUUUGCGCCAUGGAGAAGUCUUUCUGCUGCGGCGACUGUCCUCACAUGUACUGCUACGUCCAGUGGAAAAAGAGUUGACUGUACUGAAACACGGUAGCAGUGCACCGGCUGACCUGGUAUGGCUGACGCGAGGCCUCUGAGGACGAGGUUACGGGACGGGAAGGGGGAGGUUUAGCAGAAAAAAGCUGAAUUACAGUAAAGGCAGGAAGAAGAAGAAUGGAAACACCAUCCGUCCAUCUCUUCAGAAUCCUAUGUUCUCUUUUAUUUUUAGCUCUUUUGGACCCCAGAGGUGGACUGAAUGGUGAUAUUUGUCGCCUCCUGGGAACAGCAUCCUGAUGCUGUCAGGGUGUGUGAAGCAGAACUCCAGCAUCAGUGAUUUUGUUGCCAGGGGGAGGACUGUGCCAGCGGUAAACAUAUUCAUAAAUGUGACUGUUUGGAAGUUACAUGAUAAAAGAGAGGAUGAAUGUUACAGUGCAAAUGAAAGCAGCAGCAGAAGUACUGGAGCAUUUUAACAGUAGUUAUAGUAUAGAAGUUGUAAGAACGAUGUAGUGGCAGCAUUUGUGUAUCUAUUUCAAUGAGUAAAAAUCAGUGCUGGACAGUAAUUAAGUACAUUACCUCAAUUACUGUACAUAAGUAGAAGUAUGAGGUACUCAUACUUCUACUUAUGUACUACUUUGUACUUUACUCCACUAAGACUAGGUGACAAAUAUGGUCAUAUGGUUAUAACUGUGGUUGUUGGUUAUAACUUGAAGAUUAAGAUUAAUUAAACAAAAUAUAAUCAACAAAUAAUUGAUCAGGUAUUAUGUUAUGUUUAUAGGUUAUUAAAGUGGUGACGUACUGUAUAUUGUUCAUUAACCGUCCUGUUGUCAAAUUCGACCUGGGAUGUCAGGAUAAUAGGUGAUAAAUAUGUGCCUGAAAAAUAACACGUUUGCUCCACGAGAAAAUAAUUAUGGUCACUUUCAUUAGGUUUUGGGUUUUAUUCAAAUGUAUAGCAGAUGUGGUCAAACCGGGAGGACAACAGCCGCACAGUCGAUAGGAAGACAACACUAAAUGGUACGAACAACUAUGACUUUCUUUACUUAAUUAUCUUUUAAACGAACAACAACAUGUGUCAUUUAUUGCGUAAUUCCAACAGGAUAUAACUCAACUGAAUUGACCCUUUGCCUCCCAGCUGUAUAUAUAUAGUUAAUAUAACUCCCAGCUGAUUUCCCAACUGCAACAUUAAAGUGAUGGACACAUUGAUGCAUCAGUUAUAUAUUCAAAAAAAAAGCUGUUGUGCAAUAUGAGUAUGGAAGUGUCUGACCUGGUGUCAACUCUCAAAGCAGACACUCUGUAAGGGACGAGCUCCUCCUGCAGGCUUGGAUGUAUGGGAGAGCUGAUUUUUUCCCAUCGGAAGUACAUUUUAAAGGCAAUACUUUUGUACUUUCACUUAAUACACUGUAAUAUUCCUACUUGUAUUUAAGUAAAGGUUGUGAGUACUCUGUCCACUACUGGUACAACUUGAAAUAGCUGCAUCAAUGAAAGCAGCAGUAAUAGACGAAUGUGUACAAAGAGGUAUUGUUUUAUACUUUAUGGCAAUGUAUGUGUAUAAACCGCAUUUUUAAAGUGUAUUUCCUGUGUUUUGUAAUAACCUGAAGAGCUGCUGCAGUUCUCUCCUCUACCUCAGUGCUGCCUGCAGUUCUGCUUUCAGCCUCUAGAGGGAGCUAAUGUUCGCUGUUGCAUCUGGUAAGACCAUGCACCAAAAACACUUUACUUAUAUGCAAUUUUAAUCUGAUAAAUGUAGUGUAUGAAGAAAUGUUCCUAAACACUGGAUCAAGAACACAUUUACGAUCUUAUAAAACACAUUGUAACGCCACACUCCAGUGUUUACAGUAGGUAGUAGUACUUCAAGUUGAACCACCAUUCAUCCAACGAUUAAAUAAAUAAAGCUGUAACAACUCAGCAAAAAUAAACAGAACAGUUAAUUAAUCUAUUACUCAUUUCACUUGAGAAACGUCUUUCCUUGUGGUGUCAGCUCUGUAUGUUAUACUGUCAUAGAUUAUCUUGUUUCACUUUUCAUCAAGGUGAGAUGUGUGUAAAAGGUGAUGACUGCAGGGAAAAGGUCCUGACUGGAAAUAAAGCUCAUUAAAAGACAAAUAAAACCUGGUUAAUAUAAAAAAAAAUGCAGAGGAAUUCUUCAAUUAUUGUGAAUCCACAACCUGGAAACUGAAAGAUAUGUUUGAUGUGCAUUGCCAGAGUAACUGCUUUUGUGUUUGCAUGAAUGUAGGCAUGGUAAAAUAAUUAAGAAGUGACAGUCACGCUUGUCUAUGUCACUGUGACAUCCACUGUCAUGUUGUGUUGCAUUAGCCCAGAUAAGGUAUUGAUCCUUCCUGCUCGGAGCUGCUGCAGACAGGCCAGCAGCCUCCAGGGAGCUCGCUGUAUAUCUGAGAUCUUUGUCCUUCCUCUGUCCUCACUUCCUCCCUCUUCAUCACCUCCACUCACUACCUCCUCUGAUCUACUCUCCUUAUUUCAUUUCCCCCCCUCCUCCUCUUCUCUUUUUCUGUGGAUAACCUUCAUCUCCUCUCUCUCCGUCCAUAUGUUUCUCCUGUGGUUCCCCUCAAUGCCUCAGUGUCCACCGUGCAGCAAGACUAAAUGAGCGGGGCUCGCACAAUGCAAGAGUUAAAAUACUUCAGAGAUGGAGCCACGCUGGUGAUUUCAUUGGACGGUUUUAAUUGGCUUCCUAAAAAGAGAUGCAGUGACAAAGAAAUCAAGAAAAGGAAUGAAGAGCUCCAGCUGUUCAUAUCCUCCGAUCAGAUGGUCCAGGCUGAUGAAAAGCUGCAGACCAUCACCUGCAUCCUCGAUCAGAGAGGAACCGCAUCCUCUGAGUUGUGGCGGGAGAGUGACUGCAGAUCCAGUCUGGGAACGUCGCCAAAACCGAUCUCUACCCCUCCUCAACAUCAAACUUCAACACUCACUUCCUUCGUUUCUUUUGUCCCAGAUUACCCAAAGGACACCCCAUGGACGAGACUAAUUCUUAGCAUGCAGGACAUUUUCAGCUUGAUCAAAAGGGAUUCAAACAUGCUGACCUCACAGGACUGUGUCACAAUGAAUCAGCUUAAUAGCUUUAUCAUUUUCUGUGAUGAAGACAUACCACUUCCACGUUUUGGGGACAUAACCGCGGAGGAUUGUCGGACAUCUAAAGGGGAUACUGACUGGCAUUUUAGUGAUACCAACAUGUUAAGUGAUUUGAAAAACUUCACGGCCCAUGCUUCCAACACCAAGAACUCUAACAGGAAUACACAUGAACUGGUUGUCAGAGACAGUUUUAAUAACCUUGAAAGUCUUCUGAAGCCUUAUCAAAUAUGCGAUUCACCAGGAGAAUUGCCUCGGGCGAACAUGGAUGUAACACGGAGGAAGAGCGUGUCCUUUCAUGAUGAAGUCAUUGUCUUCCUGUUUGAUCAGGAGAGUCCCACCAUGGAGCUGCACCCUGAGGCCUGCACAUCUCUGCCAGAUGUCACAUUAGAAGACAGUGGCCUGGAGUGGGAAGACGACUUCUCAGCGUUGGAGAAGAACUGCCAUUUUCAGUGUGUCACACACUCUCAGCCACACACCCUUUCCCUGCCGACACCGACCACCGCUGCUUUAUCCCGGCAUCUCUUUCUCUCCCAAACCUGCCUUUUCCUCACCCAUGUCACCGAGGCAGACCUUGAGCCAUGAGAUAAAAAAGACAGCCAGCCUUGGCCUAAUGGAAAAACUGACUAAUCGGGCAGAUCUGGUCCUCUUCACCUUCUCCCUCCUCUUUUAUGAUGAGUCAGGGACUUUAAUGGCUUUUCUCCCUCUCUCUGCUUGAAAGCACCUGCCGUUCGUGACAUCAGAGCCACGUAGGACUGUGUGACGGUGCAUUCAGCUUUCACAGUUGUUGGUGUGACAAGAUUCCUGGAAAUUAUGGGAGAAAAAAACAGCCAGUUGGAUAAAAGUCUUAGUACCUUUCCAGCUGUGGACCUCUUUGGAAGCUGCUUUUCAUGCCAGGUUAUGUCCUUGGACUUUAUCUGUGAAUAGAAACACACAUUUAAA